AACCACCAAAAAGCAAACAAAAAAAGCAGUUCUGCUUUUCUUUCAGGGAUUUCACGUUUCUUGCACCUUACCUAAGCACAUCUGUAAUGCAGCAGGAGGUCUGGUUACAGUAUUGGCUGGCAUUCCUGAUAUACCUUGAAUCAAAUUAGCACAGUUAUGGGUGACAGCAGAGAUCUCCAGGUUCUCCUGGUUUUGAUGAAAGUCUGGUUUCAGGUGCAACAGAGCUAAUGCAAUGCAGGUACAAGGAUGAAUUCCUGUUUCCUGUCUCUCUGCUCUUCUGCUCCCUUCUCCCCACCAAGUACAUAUUUUCAGGCAUGGUGAACUAUGUUCAUUCUGCAUGUCUUGUGAUAACCUACCCUUAACAGCCACCACAGAUGACUCCUUUUUGGAUCACAGUCAUCACCUGCAGGCAAGGAUUUGCAAAACUUGCGUGGGGUGAAGCUGUGAGGCAGCCUACCAGACAGAGACGCAGGUCCAGGCUGUCUGGGUCUGUGUGAUCACAGAGCAAGGCAUGGAAACAGCAAAAAGCACCACCAGAGUUCCAGCUGUCUGAAAGCAGAGAUACCUGAGACCAGGCUGACAUCAGGUGCAGGUAAAAUUAGGACAGAAGGUAGCUUCAUUUCUGACAGCAACUUCUGAAGCCCUGAGAGUUUCUGUAAUCUGAGUUAAUUCACCUGGACGGAAUUUACUCUUAAACCAAUAUACAAUUUUGAGCAGAAUUUUUCUUCAUGCAAAAGUGAGGCACACCCUUCAGCAUGUUUUUAAACACAGCCUGAAAAGAUGACAACGACAGUGAAAGCUGACAAAUGACCCUGAGCUGGGGGAGGAAGAGUGGAAGUGGACAGAGUAAACAGAUCAGCCAUCAUGCUGUGAUUGGGUUAAAUUCGAGUUUAGGCAAAAUACCCCUAGCUCUUGUUUUCCCCAGUGCAAUGGGAUGCCAGAAAAUGGUAUCACGAUAAUGCAGCCCUUUCUAAAAAAGGCCACGGAGCCAGACUGCUGACCAUAUUUAGCUCUACUAAGUUGCAAUUGGCACCAGCAAGCCUUGGUUGUCACCCACUGACAUUUUGUUCAGCCCUAAAAAUGAAAACAGUUGCCUGCAAUGUUUCAAGCCAUGAGAGUCACUGAGGACUCACAGAUGGGAAAGAGAAAGAUAAGGCAAAGUAUCAAGCUCAUCAUGAUUUAGGAUCUCAAGGCCACCACAGCCAAAAGGGUUGUUCUGUGUUUCUGAGGCGGUGAGAGGUGGCAGCAAGCAGCAGCAGGGUCACAAGGGAUGUCUGCAGCCACGUGGGGUGAGCACCCACCAGGGAGGAGCAGCACCUGUCCCAUCUGCACCCCUGAACCUCACUGGCAUGGAGGAGACCUGUCCAUACUCCCCAUCAAUACGAGGUGCUCACCAUGGGAGUCCCUGUGAAAUGCUUUGAUGAGUCCGUGCCUGCAGUAAAGCUGCACUGCUCUCCUUUGCUUUGCCAGGUUUGGCUGAGGAAGGGUGCUCUGGGAGCUGUACCCUCAGGCUUACUCUUGGUGGCUGGUGGGACCUUUUCACGGUGCAGUGGAGAGAUUGAAGUUUGGGAGUCUCCUGGGGGUCCCCAGGAGGAGGGCAGGCACCUUUGCCCAGCUGCUCAAGUGUGGGCCAUCCCCACUUCCCUCUCCUUGUGUCCACCCUGCCUGGACAGAUCUGAAAACCACCACUGCUGUCUGUGCCAGCUGCUGCGUCCAGUGACAGUGGGAACUGGGUGACAAUUCCAACUGCAGAAACCACAAACUGGUGUGGGCACUAAGGGGAGUUAGGUUGUCAAGGGCAAACCUCCAUCAGAGAGCAGCAGGGAGCUGACACAGGGCUGGGGAAGGGGUUUGAUCUUUUCCUCUCAUGCAGGGGGCACAAGGUGCUGUUGGUUCUGCCUCUCCCCUUGUCUGCAAAAUAUCACUCCAGGAGUGACAGAGUUAACAAAUACAGUGGAGGAGACAGCUCUGUAAGCUGAGCUACAUGGUCACAUGCACAGGUUUUAUUUUUAACAUCCCAAAACUACUUGAUGUUUCUGCCUGGGCUUGUUCCGUGUCCUUCUGCUCUCUUCUCUUUCUUUGUGUGCAGUUCUCCCUCACCCACCUCACUUCAGCCCAGCUGAGCACAACCAGGAGAGAAGUGUUUGGUGCGUGCACAGGGACUCUAUGAUCAAGCACCGGGCCCAGAAAGCUCCCCCUGGGCAACACAGGCACUGUGAGCGAUGUUUCAGCCGGCACUGCCGCGCACCCAUUGAGAUCUCCGUGUCCUGCAUGGUGAUCAGCUGCCACCUCCACUGCGGGGCCACCUUCCACAUGUGCAAGGAGGAGGAGCACAAAUUGCUCUGCCCCUUGGAGCAGGUGUCCUGCCUCAACUCAGCCUAUGGCUGCCCUUUCUCCAUGGCCCGCUUCAAGCUGGGGAAGCACCUCCAGGUCUGCCCAGCCAGCGUUGUCUGCUGCUCGAUGGAGUGGAACCGCUGGCCAAACGUGGAUUCAGACACAACACUGCACAAGAAUAUCAUGAAAGAGACCUUGACUGAAGAGUGUCUGGACACAGCUUUGGCACUCAGAGACCAGAAGAUACUUUUCAGGGCUUUGAAAGUAGCUGAAUUAUUUCCAGAGUGGAGGAAGAAGGAUGAACUGGAAGAACUAAUGGAUCAGAUCAUGGGUGGGGAAGCAGGUGCUGUGGGAGGAGCUGCCUGUGGUUCCCAAGAGGGCAAUGACCAGUGUGAGCUUAGCCAACGUGAGCGGGAAGAUUUGGCAAAGGACAAAGAGGGAAUGGAUCUGGGGAGUUACAAAACAUGGGAGAACAUUUUCAGCAAAGAGCUUCUGGCUUGCCAGGUAACAGGCUCAGCAACGAGCACAGGACAAAAGACGGAGGAGGCGUCCAAAAAGACAGCGGCAGCUUCUCAUGCUGCCAACUCCACAGAGAAGGCAAAGGAAGGACCUGAUGGUGCAGAAGCAGGAAAGGGCCAAAAGUCUGAACAAGUAACACCGAGUAGAGAACUGAAUGGACUGGCUCCCUGGCAAGAAGGGGUCCUGGAGAGGCUGAAGAAGGAAGUCGGUGUAGCAGAUUACAACAUGUAUCUGGUCCAUCACGGGGGAAUGCUCAUCCGCUUUGGCCAGAUGGCUGCUUGCACUCCCAGAGAAAAAGAUUUUGUCUAUGGGAACUUGGAAGCCCAGGAGGUGAAGACGGUUUACACCUUCAAAGUGCCAGUGAGUUACUGUGGCAAAAGAGCACGACUAGGAGAUGCACUGGGCCACAAGAUGCCAACUUCAGACAAGUCAGUGGAUACCUCAGAACUGGGAAUAAACAUAGAAGAUCUACCUAAGACAAAUAUAGUCGAAGCCACACUGCUGUGUGCUCUGGAGAAAGAGCUGAAAGGCCAUGAGAUCUCUGAAGCAAGAGGGAUCGAUGGACUCUUUGUGGAUUUUGCGACUCAGACAUACAGCUUUCCUUUGGAGCCCUUCUCCUCCAGCGCAGUUUUAGCAGAUAUUCUGGAUGAAAACAGCCCACCAGAGCUGCACAUGGAGCUCUACACUGAAUGUGUAACCAGAAGACACAACAAAAGCAGUUCAGCUUUCACGUUCACUUGCAGUCAUUUCUUUAGGAGGGAUGAGUUCCCAUUCCACUUCAAGAAUGUGCAUGCUGAUAUCCAGUCGUGCCUGGACGGAUGGUUCCAGCACCGCUGCCCACUGGCCUACUUGGGAUGUCCUUUUGUCCAAAAUCACUUCCGCCCCGAGGGACUUAAGGCCAAGGUUAUUUACAGCAAGCCUCUCAAGACAUUUGCUAUUAAGCCAGAGGUGGACACCCUUCUUGCUGAACCAGGCAAGUGCAACUUCAUAGUGGAUAGUCGAGGGAGAAGCAAGGACUUGCUGAGCAGCCUCCCAGUGGAAGUGCUCAAGUACAUUGCAGGAUUCCUGGACAGCUUCAGUUUGUCUCAGCUAUCACAAGUGUCAGUGCUCAUGAGGGACAUCUGUGCCACUCUUCUUCAAGAGAGGGGAAUGGUCCUGCUGGUCUGGGAGAAAAAAAGAUAUUCCCACGGUGGUGCUUCUUGGAGAGCUCGCAAAAAGGUCUGGCAGUUCAGCAGCCUGUUCUCCAGAGUUCACAACUGGCAGCGCAGCGAUGUCCCAAGCAUGUCGGAGCACCUGAGGAAUUGUCCCUUCUACCAGGCGGAGCACAGGACAGACCCCGUGCUGCUGACGGGCAUGAGCGAGUCUCGGGAGCAGACUCGAAAGACUUUGGUCUCUACUUUCAAGCACAGAGUCUGAACAAGUUGCUUCCCCUCUGCCAUGCUCCCUUCAGGGCUCUGAGAUGAAGAUUUGGGGAUUCAGGUGUAGAGACUGUUGCUUCCAGCUCUCCUUUGGACGUACAAAAUUGGUUUCUCCCCAGCUGCAUUUGAAACCUCUGCAUUUUUUUCCCUACAUUAAUUUUGUUAAAGCUUCGACCACUGCUUACUAACUUCACAUGCUUUCUAUUUUCUGUUCCUGGUUUAAUACAGCAUCCUGAAGAAAGCAAUGAGGAUCUUGUUUGAAUACAGCAUUUUUACAUCCUUGAAGGGUCUAAACUGGAAAAGGGGAUCCAAUUCCAGCAGAGCAUUGAGGUUGCUCUCAGUCCAGCCCCCACACUCUGGAUCUUCAUGACUUUGAUCUUGUUUGUGCUGUCCACAAGUCCUGUGAAGUGCAAGAACAAUACUCCACACGCUCCAGGCUGAUGUGUCUUGCAGUGUUUCCUCUCACUGGAAAAUUGGAAGUGAAAUGAAGGCAUCGUGGAUAUCAGAAAGGUCAGAGCAGGGCAAAAACCUCAUGACAAGAGAAGACAGGCACCAGAAAAGGUACUGGGUUUGGAUAGAGAGAGCUGCCUCUUUGGAGGUGGUGUGAGGAGAGGCAAGAGGAGACAGGUGAAAGGGCACAGGAAUGAAAGGAGUUGGGAUGUGCUGCCCAAACCAGAGGUUUUCUGGACAGAAGCAUUUCCUUGAGAAAGACUCUGGAAGUUCCCAACUGGUGCAAUACAGUGACAUGGGGCAGAAGAUAAUUUUUAAGGGGUGAAAGGGCAAGUGACCUGCUGACAUGUAUCCUAAGUCUGGGUUGAGGGAGGGAAUUUUCUGAUGGACCUCCAACUCCCAAAACUGAGAGAGCACAGAUAAGGUGAAGUUUAUCUGAACAGUGCCUGUUAUUUUGGGAAACUGUAACUCCUUGUUGCAUUCUUAGGAAUAAAAAUUAUUAUGGUAUA